AUGUCGAGCGCCGAUCUCAAGCACAAAGAAGAAGAGGAGGAACUUGUCGUUGGCGACGACAAGGACACCAGAGCUUACGUUGCUCCAAUCGUCAAGCUCCAGAAGGUUGCUAUCACCACCGGUGAGGAGGACGAAGAUCCAAUCUUGGAUCUCAAAUCAAAGCUUUACCGAUUCGACAAGGACGAGAACCAGUGGAAGGAGCGAGGUGCCGACACCAUGAAGUUCCUGAAGCAUAAGGCUUCCGGCAAGGUUAGGCUUCUCAUGAGACAGUCCAAGAUGCUCAAGAUCUAUGCCAAUCAGCUUAUUUUUGAGUCUGUACAAUUUUCAUCGAUUGGUUUCAUUCAUGAUUGCCCUAGCUUCCUUAAACCUCUGGGAGAGGAAGAAGAAGGACAAUCUUAG